AUGAUUUCCGAAUAACUCAAAUCAGGACCAUCUACUAAAUAACUUAACAGUGAUGAUACUCUCAGAGUCGGAGAAUGCACCGCCCAUAAAAGACAACUGGAAGCCUUCUGCACCUCAUGUCACGUUCUUAUUUGUCCGACUUGUUUGAUGUUUGGAGAUCAUAAAGGACAUCUAGUUGAUUAGAUGGAUAAAGCCACCAAAGACAUCAGAUCAUCCAUGGAUCAAGCAGCAAAAGAUGGUAAUUCGACUCCCUUCUAAGUAGGAAUCUUGAGAUUGGAAAAAACAGAAACUGUUCUCGUCGACAUUAGACAUACAAAAUUAACCUUCGAGGAAUCAAAACAAAAAGUACUCAAAGAAGUUGAAUAAACCUUUGCCACCAUUUUCAAAUUGAUUAAGCAAAGAAAAGAUGAAGUUGUCAAUCUCAUUAAUCAACAUUACGAAAUCCAAGUGAAUAACAUUGACACCUAAGAAUAAAUCUGGAUGGAUAAAUAAUCCAGAGCAUAUGAUGUUAUCAAAUUAGCCAAAUCUACCAAUGAUUAUCAAUUAUUGGAAAAGGCAACAUACAUUCUAGAAAGUCUUGAAAUUCUAAGACAAACUCCAACUUAUAAAAAUGUGUACAUCGUCAACUCCAUUGAUACGACAUUUAAUUUAAAUAACAUUUCCUUGAAUUUAUCCGAGUUCUAGAAAGGACUGCAGAAUUGGAUCAAAUUGGGUGACUCAGUGCUAAUACAAUUUAAAUGUUGAAUAAUUGCAAUUCCAUUUCAUUAUAAUAUACACAUUUCUAAGUUA